GCACGGAGGCGCUUCAGUCGCUUCGGCAAGAUGGCCACGCUGGAUCAAUGAAACGCGAGUAAUCGUAGUAAAAACAGAAAUUGACAAGUGCGCGGUCGAAUAUCGAGGGCCGAUCACGGUGUAAAUGGAACAUGGGGAAGGACCAGGAGCUGCUCGAGGCAGCGAGGAGCGGAAACGUCACCGUGGUCGAGAAAAUACUCGGACAAAGAGCGAAGAGGAGUGGUCCACUGGCAAGUUUACGACGAGGUCCGGGUGCUAACGUGCAAGAUGCCAGUGGAUAUACAGCCCUUCAUCAUGCAGCUCUCAAUGGUCAUCGUGAAGUAGUCAAGUUAUUGCUCCAAUAUGAGGCUUCUACCAACGUCGUAGACGCUAAAGGAUCUUCACCACUUCAUUUGGCAGCUUGGGCAGGCGAUGCUGAAAUUGUGCGGUUAAUUCUUAGCCAAGGACCUUCGGUUCCUAAAGUCAAUCUAGCGACAAAGGACAACGAGACGGCCUUGCAUUGUGCUGCACAAUAUGGACACACGGAAAUAGUGGCGCAGCUGUUGCAGUACGGAUGCGACCCGAGUAUCCGCAACAGCCGCGGAGAAUCUGCUCUCGACCUCGCCGCGCAAUAUGGCAGAUUGGAAACAGUGGAGCUACUCGUGCGAACCCAUCCAGAGUUGAUUGAAUCUCUACGUAGUUCUUCCUCGUCUUUGAUCUUCCCACACACUCCGUUGCAUUUAGCAUCACGUAAUGGACAUAGAGCCGUCGUGGAAGUUCUACUCGCUGCGGGAGUGGACGUCAACACAAGAACGUCCGCUGGUACAGCGAUGCACGAGGCGGCACUUUGCGGUAAGAUGGAGGUUGUCCGAGCACUUUUGGACAGAGGCGUGGAUCUGGGAAUCAGGGACUCUCGUCAAAACACCGUUCUGGACCUUUUGGGACAAUUUCCGCCACACGUCACCCAAGAUAUUACGGCUGUAAUAAAGAGGCACAGGUCCUCUUCCGGAAUAGAAAGCGAUGCCGACAGUGAGAACUUGCCACCGAUUCCAGUUCAGCGUGGUGACUCGUUGGGCAGCCCUUACGAGAACGUACGCCCUGGGGAUGAUCUUUCUCCGGCGGAAGGGACGUCGCCCACUCAAUGGCAGUUCUAUCAUAAGCCUCGGGACGAUGAUCGUCGUGUCUCCGGAACUUCCGUUAUGUCUUUCGAAGACGGGCAGAAUAGGGGACCAGUGAAUGGAGUACGGAGGACUAUCCCGCAGACAGAGGAUUACUCCGAUCUCAGCUCAGUCUUCGACAGCGUUCUCAUGUCCAUGUCUGACACUCUCAACUCCAUAAAUACUCUCGAAAGUUCUGACCAAACACCGGAAGACAAAGCACAAAACACUAUCACCUCUAGAACACCGUUACAACCACGCGACACGACAGGGGGUUCGGAUAGCGGAUUGUAUCAAACGCCACCUGUACCAAGAGGAACCAUGGAAGGUAGCUUCGUGUCGGAGGAUCUGUCCUUGACAUUGCCCACGGGAUAUGGUGGUAACAGGGAGUCCGAUCAAUUGAGCGUCUCCUCGUCAUCUAGCGUUGGUGGACCGAGCCCACGGGAACGACGUUGUUUAGCCAACGAUUCCGGUGCUCCUGGGAUUUACUUACCGAUGGCACCCUUGUCCAGUUCACUUCAUAGCCCUGCCUCUAACAGCAAAGUUUCGCCGACACCGCCGAAGAAACCACCGAGGCGUAACUUAUCGGUUUCGCCGACGCACCUGCAGACUCAAAUGUCACUUUCGGCGGAUUGUACGUUGGGUCCGAGUAACUACGAGUACUUGUUCUUAGCGCGUAGCGGUGCGCGUAGUCACAUCGAUCUUGAACAGCUGCAAAAACGUCGUGAGCAGUUACGACACGUGACGAGAAGCGUGGACCAGUACGUGGAAAUGAAGUCUCGUUUUGUGCCGUCCGUGGAAAGUGGCAAUCGACGAGAUGCAAUGCCAAUAACGAUGACGACGACAACAACAACAACAACAACAACAACAGUAACAGCAAAUACUACUGUAGAACCAAUUGCGAUAACAUCGAUUUACGAGAAUCGCCCAAUAAAGAUGUUAAAUCCACGAAGGAAACUUCGUAGACACGCUUACGAAGGCUAUGAGCUUGAUAACAACGGCCCUUGCGUCGAUAAGUCGCCCUGUAGCGAGAACGAUUCUGUACAUCAGGAACAAACUUUCGUCUCUAAUGCUUUCCUCACUUUGAAGUCUUCCCAAGAAAGUCUGCUGGAUGAAAAACGAGAAACUCCUGACGGUGGUCAUACAAUGAUGGUUCAGGAUGGCAGAGAGGCUACAGAUAAGAGACUCAGACGCGUGCAAAUGAUGUUCCCUACGAGUCCAACUCAUUACGUUCAACCACCGACUCCCGAUCAUCCACCACCCUCUGCCAUGCAAGCUGAGAAGUCGAUUCACGAACGUAUUCGUCCGUUGAGCCAGGUUUAUAAAAGAAGAUCUCGCGACAUGGAAACGGAAACUGAUGAGGAUUUGCUACAGUUUCCUGCAAGCGGUUCUCUCGAUGCAUCCAGCGGAUCUUUAUCGAGCGUUUCUCUUUCGGACAAGAGCAUGUCUACCGACAACGUCGAGGAAUACUUCGGAGACGUGCCCUUCGCAGGUUUGUUAAAGGGCUCCGUCACAGCGGAGCGACCGCGUACAUUGCGCCGUUUGCGAAACGUUUACGGACAGACUGCAUGCGGAAUGGGAACCGGCGGGGAGGGUGGUGGUGGUGGAGAACGUCUUGAAGACGACGAAGUGAAUUUCCGAUUAUCGGAUAGGGAUCGUGAGAGAGAUGAAAAAUCACUUAGCAUAAUGAGUCCGUUCGAUGAGCAAGAAGAAUGGGCAAAAAUUUCUGAGAUCAUGGCGUCCUUUGGUACAGGACUCGUACGAGAAUCAGUUUUCGUCACUGAACUCGAGAAAGAAUUCCAAACGAGAUUAGGCUUAAGUUCCGAUACUAGUAGCAGUCCUAUCGUUUCCACAUCGGUCGGUCAAUGGUUAGCGAGUUUAGGACUCGCUGAUUAUGAAUCUCUUUUUAUAAAUUAUGGUUUCGAUGAUCUUGAGUUUAUAAACGGAGUUCUGGACGAGUCCGACUUAAGAGACAUGGGAAUCAAUAGUGAUCAAGAACGUGCUAUAAUUAUGGACGCUGCCGGCUUGUUGAAUAAACGCGUGGAAAAGCGUCUUGGUAGUCAUUGUCAGAGCGUGGACGAAUGGUUGAAAAGUAUUCAUAUGGAAAAUUAUAUGGAGACCUUCAGAAAACAUCUCUACACCGAUAUGGAUCGCGUGAGUCGCAUCUGGGAAGUCGAGCUGGCUGCAGUGUUAGAGAUUCAGAAGCCUGCACAUCGAAAGCGAAUCCUGGCUUCCGUCAGUGGACCGAAUCCUCGAGCUCAGACACGGAACGGUACUGGCCCUAACCUCGAGGAUCUCAAUAAGGAUUUGAACACCUUGAAAACGAAUAUACAACAGCUGAAGGAGGAAAUACGAGAGAAAUUGCCGGAAACAACAGGGGAGAGUAACGGGAGUGUCUCGGUAACCGUAACAAAUUCGACGAAUACUGGUACACUGAGGCAUCGCAAAAACAGACCAGCUCCACAGCCACCCCAACGACCCAGUUCGCACAAUGGUGCGAUCACUGCUCCUGAACAACUCGAGAUCAGAGCACCUUCGGAAUUAUUAUUUGGCGUACCGUCUACCUUAAAGACGCAAUGGAGGCAUCAACCCAAGGCUCUAGUCACUGGCUGCGUCACCUACGUUGCCAACUACCUGGGCUCCACUGUCGUGAAAGAGUUAAGAGGUACCGAAUCGACCAAGAAAUCUAUUCAAAAACUCAAGAAGACUUGUCGUGAUACCAGAGUCACGCCUGAUAUAACUCUUGCCAUCUCUUAUCGGGGCGUACGCUUUUUGAAUACAUUGACCAACGAGCCAAUUUGCGAACAUGAGAUACGCAACAUUCACUGUGCUUGUCAGGAUGCCGACGAUCUCACACAUUUUGCGUACAUCACCAAGGAUCAUGCGAGUCGCACACAUUUCUGUCACGUAUUUUGCGUGCCAACUAUGGACCAAGCAACCGAAGUCAUCCUAACGUUGGGCCAAGCAUUCGAGGUAGCUUAUCAGAUGGCAUUGAGGGACAAGUUGGGGGGACAUGCCGUGCGUUCCCAAUCGGCCAAUCAGUUAGUUUCGCUCUCGAGCUCGACUAAAUCCAGUGGAAUAAUGGCAAAGACAUCCUCUCCCGAGUCAACUAUUGAACACAUCCGAGAGAGCGAUCAUGAGGUCACUGCAACCAUUCCAAGUAAUCACAAUUCUACGUCGAAUCUCAAAGCGAAGCCACGAUCCAAGUCCAUUCCUAAUCCCAACGGUCAUUCCGUGAGCACCUCGCAAGAAACCAACUCCAGUUCCAGUUCUGGCUCGAAUACAACGGCCAAUUGUACGAACUCCGCUUCGAGUCCCAGCUCAAACUCGGUUGCUAGCUCGAAUUCGAACACCAGUACCAAUCAGACUACCGCGAAGCCUCUGUUAACUCACGGCCGUUCUCACUCCGUAAAUGACAUCAAGGUGAACGGCAAUCAACUUAAGUUGGCUCCUCCGGUACCGGUAGACGACAUAGGCGUCGGUGUAAAAGAUUUAAAGCCUGGCUCUCGUGCACCGAUAGCUCUAUCCGAGGAACUCUAAACAAUAUUUUUCUUCCGAUUCAUUAUCGGAUUUUUAUUCGGUAUACGUGUUUUUAGAUUCGAUAAUCGUUCGUCAUUUCGAUCGGUCUCGGACUUUCAUUAUUUUGGGCCUACUAUCAAUUCAUCGAUCUUUCAUUCGUUCAAUAAUCGUUCAACAAGCAUCCUCUCGCGUUGUUUAGCGAUUUUUUUGAUUUAUUGUCUUCCUUAUUGCGAUCAUAGCAAUGUCGAAUAAUUGCGAUCAAAAGUUAAUUCAUUAUAGCUUUGCAUUUCGUUCGAACCUAGUCACAGUAAGAAGACAAUCGGAAGGACAUGGAUGUUUCUUCAGAGAUAGGAACGAACCAUCGAUUGAACUUCGAUACGAAGAUACUAUUGGUGAUAAUACCGUUUCAUCAACCUGUUUAAUUUCUAAUUUCUGUACAUUAACAUAGGUAUGUACAUUCUGGAAGGAUAUCAUCAUGUACUUUUCAACUAUCUUCAAAGUUGUGUACAUACAUGGAGCCUCGAAAAUACGCGAAGGUAAGUAGUGAAUAUUAUUCCUUCAAUGGCGAGAUAUUCUCUGAUUUUUAAUGACGCACACGUAGACCAAUCGAGAUUAAGUUGAAGCGAAAAUAUCCGAAGAGUUUCUAACAAAUUUUAAAGAUUUUACAGAUCGUUAUCAUGUAAUCCGACGAUAACGAUCAUAUAAAUAUAUUUCAUUCUUUAAUGAGAUCACGGAAUCAUAUGAUAAUGAUAGAAGAUACGAAUCUUUUCACGUGUACUCAUAUAAUUUUUUAUGAUAGUAUUUCAUUCGGAAUAAAAGAAUUUACAUUCGCGAACUGCUAUCGUUGAAAUUUGUAAUAUGUAAAAGCGUGUGCGUUAAUGGUGAUGAUUUAUUGUGUUAACGAUAAUUCGUAAUUAAUUAUUCGCGUAUUUUGAGCGUAUGUUAUGUAUACUAACACGAGUUAUAACAUACUUAUAAAUGAAAGAACUAGAUAUACGUCAUAUUAUCCCAACGAAAGAUCAUUUUAAGUUCGAGUCGAUGUAUCUAUCACAUUCCCGUUGAAAAAAUGGAAGGGAAAAAAACGAGAGAUUUAGUGCAUCAUGACCCUAGUUCCACAACAAGAACACAUACAAAGGCACCGCUUUAUCGACCCUUCCAAUAAUUAUUAGCAAUGACUGAGAUUCUGAGGCUGAAAAAACCGAUAUUUUUCCUUUAAUCGGAAAAGAUCGACGCGAAAGCUGCGUGACGUUCGAUCGACCACAUUUUUCCUAAUGAUUUUUCGAUGAUUUUUCGAAUUUCUCCAAUUUCCAGUUCGAAGUGGCCACUGUUUUUUCGACGUUUCAUUAUUCAAGACUGAGAGUCCUUAUCUCGUUUGAUACUUCGCGUUAAGCAUAAUAUUAUUAUAAUGAUUACAUAUAUAUAUAUAUACGUAUAGAUAACAGUAGUUGUAUUUAUUGUGUAUUAACUAAUCCGAUUAAAACCUCGCGAUUAGAAGACGAUGCUUUAGCAAGAGAGUGC